GCAUUCCAGGCUGGAGCCGCGGAUGAGGUCAUCCCGUCCGGUUCCCCUCUGGCCAAGACAGCUGGCCGUCCCCUUCCCCCGCGGAGCGACCCUCCGCGUCCUGAGCCCCAGGCUCCCGCGUCCCCCCAGGGAACGUUGGGUGGUCGAAGUUUUUCCCGGACUUCCAAUCCCGGUCGCCCUCCAGAUUGUUCUGCCUUUGCCCCAGCCGUGCCAGACCCGCAAGAUUCGAAGCCCCUUUCCUAAACCGGGAAACUGAGGCUUAGAGAGGAGAGAGGACUGGCCGGGAGGCCGCAGCGACACGAAACGUGGCGCGGGAACCCGAGACGCAGCUCGCAGCCGCUCCUCCUCGCCUGGUCCACGGCUGAUUUGGCUCUAACUCGGGGCGGUGGGCACGAAGCGCGUCUCCUUUCCACUUUUCCCGUCGCUCCCCAAUGGCCCACGGUGCCCCCCUUGGAAUACGGAGGACCGGGUCCCCUAGCGCGACUGAGAACAACUAGCUACCCCGUUCUGGCCUGUUUCCCCGUCUCUCCACCUUGAAGCGUCUGGACUUUGAGGGGAAGGAGAAGCCAGCCGCCCGGGUUAACCCCUUAACCCAGGGACCAGAGCAAGUUUGGGGGAGCUGCCCUAACCAAGACAGGGACCCGCUGUCCAGCGGUAGAGGGCGGGGGCAUCACCCAGCUGGAUGCCCGCAGGAAGGGGGCUGUGUGCACCCGAGCAGUGACCUCCAGGAUGAGACGUGGGCCCCUGGCCAGCACUGCGGCCUGCGGGUGACCCCCAGGUGAAUGCCAGGCUGCAGCCGUCCCCGCUCUCCUUCAGAGCGGCCCUUGGCCUCCCCGCGACCACAUGUGCCUCCACAGCGGCCCCUGUUGGCCGGAUCCUGGCUCCAAAACUUGUUCUUGCGUCAUUCCCACCAUUGAGUGAGCUCAGGCCAUGCGCCCAGGCCCUGACUAUCCUCUAUAGGGUAAAUAUAAGGACUCCAGGGACACUGAAGCUGUGUGAUGACCUCCUUGCCCAGGUCACAGACGCUGAAUCUGCAGAGCUUGGUCUCCUGUCUUCCCAGGCCUGCACCUGCACCCCACACCGUGCUCAGCACUGGGCAUCCAAGCCCUCCAAAUCCUCUUCCCCAUUCCCCAUCGUCUUCACCCCCACCCUGGGGCAUUUAUCAGCGAUGCUGGCCUGUGAUUGAGGGUCUCCACCCCUGGGCAGGAGAGAAGCCGACCACCGCGGGGGUGCGUUCUCUAUGCUUGAACAUCUACAGCUGCUUCCGGGGGGCUGGCAGCUGGCCCCGGGAGAGGCGAGCCAUGGACCCCCCACAGCCUCAGCAUUCGGUGACCUCACUUUAGGACAGCGUCAUUUACAGCUUCCGCCAGGGCAAAGGAGCUGAGCAGCCAUCCCGAGCCCGGCCCACCUCCCUCCCCCGGCCCCUGGUGGACAUGGACUAGCAGCUGUGAGCGGCCAGAGCUGAUGCCCGGCCCCCAGGGGGGCGGCAGCACCCCCACCAUGAGCCUGGGCAAGCUCUCGCCUGUGGUAUGGGGGUCCAGUUCACAGGGAAAGAGGCGGCUGACUGCAGACAUGAUCAGCCCCCCGCUCGGGGACUUCCGCCACACCAUGCAUGUGGGCCGUGGUGGGGACGUCUUCGGGGACACCUCCUUCCUCAGCAACCACGGUGGCAGCUCCAGGGGCACCCAUCGCUCACCCCGCAACUUCCUGGCCAAGAAGCUGCAGCUGGUGCGGAGGGUGGGGGCGCCCCCCCGGAGGAUGGCGUCUCCCCCUGCACCCUCCCCGGCUCCACCGGCCAUCUCCCCCAUCAUCAAGAAUGCCAUCUCCCUGCCCCAGCUCAACCAGGCCGCCUACGACAGCCUCGUGGUUGGCAAGCUCAGUUUCGACGGCAGCCCCAGCAGCUCCAUGGACGGCCACUCCAGCUACGGCCUGGACUCUGGGUUCUGCACCAUCUCCCGCCUGCCCCGCUCGGAAAAGCCGCAUGACCGAGACCGGGAUGGUUCCUUCCCCUCUGAGCCCGGGCUUCGCCGCUCAGACUCUCUCUUGUCCUUCCGCCUGGACCUCGACCUUGGGCCCUCACUCCUCAGCGAGCUGCUAGGGGUCAUGAGCCUCGCGGAAGCCCCUGCAGCUGAGACUCCAGCCCCUGCUGCAAACCCCCCAACCCCUGCUGCAAACCCUCCAGCCCCUGCCGCAAACCCCCUGGCCCCUGCCGCAAACCCCCCAGCCCCUGCCGCAAACCCCCCGGGUCCUGCUGCAAACCCCCCAGCCCCUGCCACAACCCCCCUGGGUCCUGCUGCAAACCCUCCAGCCCCUGCCACAAGCUCCACACCCCAUGGACACUGUCCCAAUGGGGUAACAGCUGGGUUGGGCCCAGUGGCUGAGGUGAAGGCCAGCCCAGUGGGAGGGGGUCCACGAGGACCUGCUGGCCCUGCCCUCGGCAGGCACUGGGGAGCAGGCUGGGGUGGUGGCCGCCACUACCCGGAGAUGGAUGCGCGGCAGGAGCGGGUGGAGGUGCUGCCCCAAGCCCGGGCCUCCUGGGAGAGCCUGGAUGAAGAGUGGAGGGCACCCCAGGCACACAGCAGGACCCCGGUGCCCAGCACGGUGCAAGCAAACACCUUUGAAUUUGCGGAUGCUGAGGAGGAUGAUGAGGUCAAGGUGUGAGGGGCUGGGACAUGGUCCCGGGGCCCCACCUAGGUGCAGAGCCGGCCCCUCACCUAACAGCUGGUUCCUACCAGACCAGAGAGGGGAGAAGCCGAGUUGCCCCUAAACCCCUCUCCACCUCUGCAGGACAGACAUGGGAGGGAAGACAGGGAAGGCCAGGAUUGCUCUGGGACUUGGAUGCUCCCAGAGGCCCUGCCAAGCUGACCACCUCCUCCCACUGCCACUCUGGACCUAAUAGCUCUUCCUUAGGCCCCACUCCACGCCACCCCCACCAGCUGGAGGGCCCAGCCUCACAGUGUGGCCUUCGUGCCAGACUAAGCUGCCUGUGGGGGGUGGGGGGCAGGGAGUGUACCACACAGGGCCAUUGUCCCACCUCCCAAAGGAACCGCCUGCCCCCAGCUCAUCCCAGAGCGUCCCCGCUGUAACCCUGACAGCCCUCUCCCAGGCCGCUUCCCCAACAUCCCCGCCCCAGCCUCCCUCUUACCCCAGAAAGGUCAGGUAUGACCUCCCGGGGAGGAAUCCCACCUGCCUGUAUACCCCAGACUUGCCUCUGGGGCCUGAUUAAAUAAGGCUGUUUUGAUAAAA